AUGGUCGGCCUCAAAAGGCGAGGCACUGCCGUCGCGCCGGACACACCUCGCUCCCCCCAUCCUCGCAGCACGGCGGCGGCGGCUGCGGCGGUCGCGGGGGGCGGGCCCGCGGGCGGCGGCGGGGGCGGCGGCGGCGACGGCAAGGCGGCGCUGGCGUUCAUGACUCUUGACGCGCGCUACUUUCCUGAGGAGCUGUACACAGAGAAGGACAAGAGGCAGGCCGCCCGGGGCGCCGCGUCCGCCGACCUCUUCCGCGCAGCCGGCGGUGGCGGCGACGCGCGCCUGGCUCAGUACCUCGACGCGCGCGCGGACGCGGAGGCGCGGCAGGAGGCGGCGGGCGGCGGUGGCGGCGCAGCGGAGGAGGAGGAGGACCCGGGGGUCGGGGCUGACGUGGAGGACACGGACGAGAUGCCCGAGGAGGAUGACUACUACCAGGGGGAGCACUUCGAUGAUGACGAGGGGUACGGCGACGACGACGGCGGCGGCGGCGGGGAUGAGGGCGGUUACUAUUGA